UAUACACACCUUUUAGCUCGAGAACAACCUUUCCUUAAUUCUGUAACGUCCCAUCUUACGUAAAUAAAGUCCGAUACAUGCAAAUCUAUAUAGUAAUUCUAUAUAUGUGAAUCCUUUACACAAGACGACGGACAAUAUCAAGUACUGUUCUAAACUCAAUCAUAAGACUCGGAUCCUUCUAGCUUAAACUUGACCUACUUACAUCUAUAUAUAUAGUUAUAAAACCCUGAGUAAAUUGAAAAAUAAGAUAAUAGAAGCUGUGGGAAGCGAAGACAAAAUGAAGCUGCUAAACUGGAUGCGAACUAGAACGCAAAAUGGCUUAGACCCAUCAAAAGAUUUCAAAGGUGGUUUCGGUUGUCUAGGAGCUCAGAUUUCCUCUGACGUCCAAGACAUCCGCACAAACUCCUUCUCCUUCUCCGGACCCUCUCAUGACAAGAAUCUACCCAAAUUUGAAGAGAAACUUCGGUUUGAUGAAGACGGUUUCUGCGGUUUUCUGGCCAUCGGAACGCUUGGCACAGACCCUGAGACACCUAAGUUCUCAGCUACGUUUGCAGAAGAAGAUGUAACCGGAGAAAAAAAGGAGAUGGCCAAGCUCAUUACUGAGAAACUAGACAAGUUUCUUAAGGAAUGUCCUGAGGAUAUUAGCAGUAAGCCGGUAGAAAGAUCGAAUGCAAAAGAAGAUAAAGAUUUCCAUGCAUGUCCUCAACAAGAUUAUGAUCAGUUUCCAUCAUCCAUUGAACUUACGGAGAGAAGCAAUGGAAGAGUAAAGAAGAAAAAGAGCUUACUUACUAGUCUCUUCAAGAGGACACAACCAGUGCAAGGAGAGUCUUCCAUAGAGAAACAUGGCACAAAAGAUGUGAUUAAAAAAGUUUUUGAAAAGAUCCAUGGAGCUUCUUCGAAGAAGGCGAGAAAUGAUGAUGAGGAUUCUAAGCCCAAGAAGAAAGAUCUUAUUAGAAAGAGUGCUCAAACCAACCGACGUAAAGUCCACCCUGUUCUCUUUACACCUAUAAGAGACCAUAACGAGCUGGAUGACAGAAGAAAAGUGGAUCUCAAGGUCCCUAGUCUUACUGGAGGGUUUCUCGGUGCAAGUUCAAUCUCGGAUGCGAACAGGAAAAGAGAAAAAUGGAUCAAGACCGACACGGAGUAUCUUGUUUUGGAGCUGUGAAGAUAUAUACUCACUUCAACAAACCUCAAUUGAGGUUCCAAGCGAAGCUCUACCAUAUCACAUCCAUAUAUAAUAUACAAAAAUCAGUAUCUAUUAAUGUGUGUAGUCAACGAGGUUAUGCAGUCUAGUUUAAGGCAAUGUGUAAUGUAUGGAAGUAUUGUACCCGAAUCUAAACAGUAUUCGAAGUAGCACCUAAACGCGAUAUGGCUACAGGUGUUAACUGCUCAUAACUGUCACAUCUCUGCUCCAAACCAAUCACUGAUGAACCUAAAAUGUCUGCCCAUUUGACCCUCAUUGAUUCUUGAGCUCGAAUUCAACACCAUUAGUACAAG